AUGUCUUCCAACAAGCGGGCCCGCCACUUCGACAGGUCCAAGAUUGCACCGCUCAAGGAACAAACAUACUUGUUUGCAGAGUCAAGGUUGACAAGGCGGCAAGGUCCAGGACGGCCUGUUCCACCUUCGCCGGAACUAGAUGACAUAUCAUCCGACGAAGAUGAUUCUGUAACAGACGACGAACAAUCCGAUGAAGAGGGAGAGGCCCAUAACAUCAAUCCAUUCGAUCCCGGUGCUGCCAUGCGAUCAACCAGCUCGAGCAUUUCUCAGACCACCUCGACGGCGGACAAUCCAUUCAUUCCCCAGUCGACCGUCACCGGGUCUGCGAGUCGAGCUGACCAAGAGACUCCCUCGUAUUCUGCAACCUCUGCAGCCACAGGCACAGGCACAGUCACAACAUCGACGACUACGCUUGAUCGUCUACCCCAGGUCGCCACCAAUGCAGCGUCGACGAACACCGACACUCCCAAUCCUACACUGGGGAAUUCAAAGUCACCCUAUACCGUGUCUGCAAUCGUGAUAGCGUCAGUUCUGGCCGCCGUCUCCGUUGCGGCUAUUGCAUAUAUCCUCUUCCGGUACUGCACACGGCUUCGAGCCAAGAUAGCAAUCUACCGCGGCCGGAAAGGCCAGCGUCUUUCCGAAGAGGAGGACGGAACCUCUGGGCCACUGGGAAUGUCCCAAGCCAACCAUCCAGGCGUGGCGGAUGUGUUAGGGGAAGGUUCAGUUUGGCUGAACAAUUCUUCGAGUACCAUCGCCACCACUCCAGCGCCGGCUUAUACUAGGGAGAGGGAGAGGGAGAGGGAGAGGGAGAGGGAUGUGGCCACCACUCUACCCUCAGCGCCCACUCGAGCUCAAGCAGUAGCAGCCACGCCGGUGCAGAAACAGAAACAAAACCAGAAACAAAAACAAGACGAAGCCAACGAUCUUGAAAAAGAAGACCCUUUCGCCGAUCAAGCGUCUCUGUCUCUGUCUCGGAGCAACAGCAGCGGGACCAUGCGAAGCGUGACAAGCGACCCUCGCCCUCUCCGCGGCGCCAUCGACAACGAUAUCGCCAACCCUCUACCCACAUACAGCCGCGCUGGAAUGAUGAAAGAUCCUCCCGACACACGCUCUCAGUCAUACGGGACUACCGACAACAACAUAAGAUCUCAUCCAGGCGGCCUGACCAACAAUCCACCCACAGUCGUUAUUCUGGACCGCACUCAACAACCUCGCCCAACAACCCCACAAAGACCAGCUGCUGUGCCUAGUCCUAGUCCUAGUUUUCCGCCGCGCCAAAGCAUCCCUGUUCCGGUCUCGACUUCGAGUUCGAUCUCACCCUCGUCUCGUUCGACACAUCCAGCCCCUGCUCAUCCAGACACCACAGACACCACGCCUGCCUCACAAUACUUCCCUCUGUCCAUGCCUAUGACUCUGCCCAUACCUAAGCCUAUGCCCUUGCCCCUGCACGUGCCUUUACAUUCCCCCAAUUCCUACUCCGACAUCGAUCCCACCUCGGCCAUCGAAUCUCCAAGAAGCCAGUACCAGCCUCGCAUGCGAAAAUCCAUCACCCCGUCCGAGAGUGUUUCCAAUGCACCAUGGUCACCACUGCCGCUCCCGCUCCCGUUCCCGUUUCCCAUCGAUCUCAUGCCGCCUGCACUACGCGCCCCCGCGCCCGCGGCAGCUUUCAUCAACUCCCGAUGGAGCCAGAACUCGUCGAGCAUCAAUGGACGAACCACCACCCUCACCAACAUGGAUAAGGGGAAUAUACAUGGACUUGGUAGGACCAAUUGA